GGCGGGGCGGAAACCAUUCCCGGGGGGAAGAGGGGCGCAGGGAUCCAGCAGGGAUCUUGGAGAGAAGCGGGCGCGGGCCCCGGGGUACCCCAGCGGCCUCGGCUAGGCUAGGCUCAGACCUACCUGUAGAAGGACUAGGCCCUGCCCAGGUGUUAAUGGUGACACCAAUCCCCUCGGCGCCUCGCUCGUCGCCCCCUUCCUUCCGCCUCCUAGUCUUCGAGUGGUUCCCACCCCCGUCUCCCCCCCCCCCUCGCCUCCCACCCAGGCAUCUUCCUCGAUUUGGGGAGGAAGGGCUUUAACCCAGAAGAUCUGAGGCCAGACCAACUUUGAGGGGACAGGCGGAUGCAGGUCUGACACUUGCUUACGUGGAGAGACCACCCCACCGCAUUACAGGAUAUUCUGAAAUGGACGAAGCAACUGCUUAGGGUUUAGAUUAACCCCCAAGAAGGCAAGGCAAAAGGAGUCGAAAGGGUAGCAAGUCAUGCUUGGAAAGACACAAGGACAUCGCCAAAACCUAAGCAGCUACCACCAGCCCCCUAGAGAUGUUGUGGUACCCCAGCAGAUCAACUCUCCCAGAGCGACUGACAUUAGCUUGGAGGUGUUCAGUGGCUCUACCCCUGAGCUCAAGCAAACCCGCAAGCCAACACGAGCUGCGAGAAGCCGCAAAGCCGACCCCAAAGAUGCCAGUGGGAGGGAGGGCGAAACGAGUACCUUUAUCCCUGGUGCUGUGGAGACCCCCCGGCCCCCCUGCUGCCCCACUCUGUCCCAGGCCUGGAGUGUGUACAAAGCGAUCUUCUGCUGCAUUGUGACAUGUGGGGACUGCUUCAGGGACUGCCCUUCUAGGAGCCUCUACAAUGAGGCACUGACAGAUGAGAGCCGAGAGUGCAAUGGGCGUUCGCCAAACAGUCCUGCCAAUAGCUCCCCUGCUGAAAAAAACGGGAGCCAAACCAAAAAGAGCACGAUCGGGAGCAGUUUCAGCUACCCAGAUGUGAAACUGAAAGGGAUCCCAGUGGGGAUUUAUACCCCUAGCCCCCACACGGAUACUGAUUCAUGCUACAAGGAGCCUCUUCCGGAGAAGAUAGCCAGGAACAGCAUAGAGAAGCAACCUCUCCCCAGCAGCCUUCGAAGCUCUGAGGAUUACUCCGCCGACGAUUUGGAUACCGACAGUGACAGUGACCCAAAGAAUAGCUCUAUAUCCAGUGGUCGGAUUGAUUACCUGAUCCACAGGAAACUGACCGAGCUCUUCAGCAUUCACCAAAUUGACGAGCUGGCCAAGUGUACGUCGGACACCGUCUUCCUGGAGAAGACCAACAAGAUCUCAGACCUCAUCAACAGCAUCACUCAGGACUAUCACUUGGAUGAGCAGGAUGCCGAAUGCAGGCUGGUCCGGGGGAUCAUACGCAUCAGCACGCGCAAGAGCCGGGUCCGACCCCGCGUUUCUGUCCCGACCCGCCCGAGUCUGGAGGAGAGCAUGAGCAGAGGCAAUCUGCCAGACAGUGGCAACGAGACCAUGUUGGCAUCUGUGCUCCCUAGCGAAGGAGAUUUCCCUGUUCAGAUAUCUGUUGAAACCACAGCAGAUAUGAAAGCCAGGAACAUGAGGCAUGGAGCAUACAGCGCUGCUGGAUCUCCCCUGAGCAGAGGUUCUUCUUUCCAGGAUACAGAGACGGAUUCCUCUGGAGCUCCUCUGCUGAAAGUAUAUUGCUGAAAAAUGGACCUCGAGAACGAACGUGCUAGGCAACGAGGCCACGGGGCAAGUUCCCGAUUUCUAAAUGACAAAUACGAUGCCACUUUAUUUUGUUUGUCAAUCUUUAAAAAUUGAACUUGACUCCCUUAACUUGCAUUUUAAGGGAGCCUCAGAAGCAGAUUGUUGUCUAGCAGCAAAAUGACAGGAAAAGGAUAUUGGCACCAGCCAUAAGUUGGGCUUUCCCAGAAUGCCUGGUUCUGGUGCCAUCUUCCAAGAUAGAUUCUGCUGUAAACUUGCCUUCAGAUGACCAAGCUAGUGCCUUUUUCACUGCAUCCAUAAGCAACAUUUUGCCGUAAUGGACGUUAAGUAGCAGCGAUGGUUUUUUUGCACACGUCUUUCUAAGUGUGAUCGUCCCACUAGUGUAAGGGCUCCUCUUAUGCAAUAUCCCACAUUAUGUUGGUUUGAUGGUGCUUGGAGACCUUGAAGACAUCUUUCUACAUCUGUCGUUACUUAGUACAGUAUGCUUGGUUCAAGAGUACCACAUCUGUGCCUUGGAUGGACUGUGUUGAGCGAGGGAUGAUGAAACCGCCUUCAGUGAUGGCAAAUUGACAUGAAUGAUGGCAAAUCAACUUUCAAGCAGUGUGUAAUCCGUGGCCAUCCUACAGACUUUCUAACUAAGUUAACGCAAGCUGCUUGGAAAACCAAGACGUGACUUCAUAUGGCUUGCCAACCAUUUGUUGCAGAGCAUUGUUUCAGUCAAAUGACAGCUGUCAUCCAGGGUUGGAAAUGAUAGCUGGGAUCCUCAAGCAGAUUGGGGCUUGCUAUGAAAAACCAUAGGACUCGGCAUCGCGUGUCAUUUUCAGUUCUUUUUUUCUAAGCCCAUCCCGCUCUACAUCAAAGUUAAGCCUUGGAGGGUAAAAGAAGAAACCAGUUUAUAAAUAAGCCAGCUUAUACCAAGCAAAUCAUAGCUUUCAUAGUAAUUGUCAAGCCUCAGAAUGGCAUUUAGAAACUUGAUACAUUUUUUCUCUUAUGGAACGUCAAGGAGUUUGCGAUGGAUGGGCUCCACAGUGUAUCUGGGACAUUUAACUUGAAAUUCAAACUGGUUUGAAACCCAUUUAAGUUGUUUUGCUUCCCUCAGAUAGCAAUGUGAAUUGUUACUAGCAAUCCUAUAGUCUGUUGACAGAAUAAAGGUACCCAGGGCUCCUUUGUUCAGAGCCCUUUUCACCUUGUGCCUCAAAUUCAGGCUGCUUUGAUUUCAGUGGCAGAAGAGCUGAGAUGUCGAUGAAAUGUUCUGCAACUGCGGAUGGGUAGUUUCCAACAACGGCUGUGCAAAAGGACUCUUGUCCCUGGAGCUGCUGCCAUACGCACUGACCCACUGAUAAGUGUGGUGUAACACUGGGCUUAGCUGGGUAGAGCAAGCACGUUUGUGUAAUGUUAUUAAACAGCGGCCACAGUCCAGAGCCCCAUAACUCUGCAUACUGUUUUUGGAGCUCUUGGAAGGAUGCAUAUGUUGUUGGGGGGGGGGGACGCAUAGCUCUCCCUUUCCCUUACCCCCACUUGCAUCUCGUGAGUGAAUUCCUUCUCCUUUCUGUUCCCCCAACCCCAGUACUCUCAUCUGGAGUCUUCCCAGAUUGGACCAAUGUGUGUGUUUUGUUCUUUGCAGAAGACUGCAGGGAAAUCCUCAGCCAGGUUAAUUCAUGCAGCUGGUGGCAUUUUGGUGAUUUGCUGUAUACUUAUCUUCAUUUUUAACUUAGGCUUGAUCAGAACUGGUAGCAGUUCUUUUAAAUGUGCACACCUAGUUGUCAGUAACACACUGGAUACACAAUACUGUGCUGAUUUUUUAAAAUGUGCCAGUCACUCCCCACUGUUGCCUCUCUUUCUCUCCUGCACUUUUCUGUUUUGUACCUUAACUUGCCUGGAGGGGACAUUUUCGAAAUAGUAGUGUGUUUUCUUUGGGAAAGGAGCUAAUAUGGAAAAUACAUGUCCUUUUGCUCUUUUUAAAAAGCCAGUGAACUUUUAAAAAAUAGUAAUGAUGAUUAUGAUGAUUUUUAAAAAUCUACCCCUCUUCCACCCAUACCAAGGGACGGGUUUAAUCUCAAGGAUGACGGCAGCAAUUAGGAAUGGGUUCCGAUGUUGCCUUUUGCAAAUACCAUGAACUUUGCAUAAUGUUCUAAUGGUUUGUUUGUUCCACUUGCAAAUAUGUACAUAUUUUUAUUGAUUAUCAAUUUCAGUUGACAAAAACAUACCCACAAAUGGAAUACAGAACUUAACAGUUGUUCAGAAAAGAAAGAAAGAAAUCAGUUGAUGAUUGUGGUCUUAAAACGUUCCAAAGUAGGCAGUCAAAUGAAGGUCCUUCACAGGGUUGCGUGUGUCAAUGGAGGGUGAAAACCAUGUUCAAUUGUCUUAACAAAGUCAAUAAAAGGAUACCAUGUUGUACAGAA